AUGAGGCUCGCAAAUACCGAACAAAAUCCUCAAGGAACGACCGAAACUUCCGGUAUAGAAGCAAAAGUGGACUCAGAGGGACGCAAAAGGCGUGAGAGGGUUGUCGUCCUGGGCUCCGGGUGGGCUGGCUAUGCCCUUGCCCGCGAUCUCGACCCGGCCAAAUACGAGCGCAUCAUCAUCUCGCCGCGUUCCUACUUUGUCUUCACCCCGUUGUUGGCAUCAACUUCGGUCGGCACCCUCGAAUUCCGCUCCGUCCUCGAGCCUAUCCGCCGUUUGCAGCCAGACCGCUUCCACCAAGGCUGGGCCGACGAUAUUGACUUUGCCAACAAGUCUAUCCGUGUUGAGACAAAUCCAGACACUGACGAGACCAGCUCUCGCACCCUACCGCCCAUCACUCAACCCUCACCAGAAAGCCUACAAAGAGGCAGUGACCCCUCAGCCGUGACUUUUGUCGAGACCUCCUGUUCCCCCGCGGCCAAGGAAACUCUCCCCAAGUACAAGGGUGAGAUGAUCACGAUCCCCUACGACAAGCUCAUCCUCGCUGUUGGCGCCUACUCCCAGACCUUUGGUGUUCCCGGCGUCCGUGAGCACGCCAACUUCCUUCGCGACGUCGGUGACGCUCGCUCCAUCCGACUUCGUGUCCUGCAGUGUUUCGAGCGUGCGGAACGCCCCUCCACCACGGACGAGCAACGCCGCAAGCUGCUCCAUUUCGCUGUCGUUGGCGGCGGACCUACGGGCAUAGAAUUUGCCGCUGAGCUCCACGACCUCAUCCACGAUGACCUCGCUCGGCUCUACCCUGACCUCACGCCAUUCAUCGGCAUCACUGUCUACGACAUUGCGCCUGGUAUUCUGCCCAUGUUCGAUAAGAGGCUAUCCUCCUACGCUGUCGACACCUUCCGACGCCAGGGUAUCCGCGUCAGGACUGAGCAUCACCUCCAGAGUAUCCGUCCGGACGUGGACGGCAGUUGUGGUCUCAAGCUCAAGAUCCUGGAGCAUGGUGAUGACGAGGUUGGCGCCGGCAUUGUCGUUUGGAGUACGGGCCUCAUGCAAAAUCCCCUGGUUGCUAAGCUUGUUGCAAAGGAGAUUCGCUCCCUCGGUACGCCAGAGGAGCAGCAACAGCAGGAGCAGCAGGCCUGGCAUUUUGUCAAGGCCAAGGGGGAUGGGGGCAUCAUUACUGAUGACCAUCUCCGCGUCCGUAUUUCUGCUGGGUGUGCCGGAGAUGGCGACACCAAGCACGGCGACAACGCCUGCCCCCACAUCCUCCCCAACGUCUAUGCCAUAGGUGACUGCGCCGUCAUGGAGCGUGACGCUCUCCCCGCAACUGCACAGGUCGCCUCACAGCAGGCCAAGUACUUGGCCAAGGCUCUUAACACAUAUGGCUCCUGUGAGGCCUUUGGCAAUAAUGCACAGCCCUUUCGCUUCCGCAAUCUCGGCACCCUUGCCUAUAUUGGCAGCUGGCGUGCCAUCGCCCAAAGUUCAUCCGAGGGCCUGACGGGGAGAUUGGCCUGGAUCCUGUGGAGAGGGGCUUACAUCACCAGGACCAUGAGUCUACGAAAUAAGAUCAUGGUUCUAGUCCACUGGUUCAUGACCUGGCUUUUUGGUCGUGAUAUUUCGAGAUUCUGA